UCAGACAGUCCCAUCAAGCGAGACCAGGGCCCCCCUUCCCACCUCAAGUGGGAGCUUUUCCAAGGCCACCUUCCCCCCGACGCCGUCUCCAGCCGGAACCGCCGCUCCGGGCGCCUGGAAUUCGUCUGUUCCACCACGGAGCUCGGCUGCAAUUCCGGCUCCUACGACCCCGUCAGGGGCCCCUAUUGCCACUUCCCAAACAGGGGGCAGGAGAAGAGCACCUCCAGCUUCAGCAUCCUGGUCAACGCCGGCGGCUUCGAGGCCUUGGAUUGGGCGGACGAUUCCUUCGGCACCGUCCCGGAAAACGCCGUGGAGAGUUGUCCGUCGGUCGACGUCUUCGUGGGGCGGAGCCGGGAUGGGCUGGGAAAGGUCUCCAAGGAGCACCGGGCGCUUUUCGUGGCGCUGGGAGGGGAGGAGGUUUGGUACAAGUGGUAUCAAGUCCUGGUGGUCAAGACGGGCCCGUCCGACGUCUCCAUCGUGGACGUGGCCUACAACCUGAGCGCGGCCCUGGAACGUUCCGAGGACGUGGCCUUGGCCGAGGCUCCGGUGCGGAACGAGGGCUGCCGGGCGGCCCCGGGCUCUGCCCUCCUGGAAGGGGCCACGGAGACGGAGCAGACGUGGGGCUCGGAUCACCCCGCGCUGGUCUCCGUGCUCGGGAUGCUGCGGGCGGCCCCGCUGGUCCUCACCGGGACAGGUUGGGCUGUGACCAAUGUCACCUCCCUGCCCUGGGUGGGGGGGGCCAGCAGCGCCAAAUUCGUGUCCCACGGGCCCCGGGAGGCGCGGGAGGAGGUCCCGGCGCGCUCGGAAUGCACCGCGGUGCUCCGGGGACGACAGAGAGACCUCCGGGUGAUGUUCACCGCCCGGCUCCGCCGGGAAUUCCGGGAUGGAUCCCGGCACAGCGUGGGGGUCACGGGCUGGGCACAGACCCGGGGGGUCACUGGGGUCAGUGCCGGGAUUGAGCGGUGCCGGGAACUCGCCGGGGUCCCGCCGUGUCCAGCAUAGGAAGGGACCUGUGCUGGGCUUUGGGCUGGAUCCCAAAAUUCCUCCCCAAAGAUUUUUCCUGGUGUUUUUUCCCUAAAUAAUCCCACAAAAUGCAAUAGCAGCAGCUUGGGAUGCAGGGCAGUGCUUGGAUUUGGUGGGUUUUCCCGUAUUUUUGCUUUUUGUGGCGUGACCUUUAUCCCUUUCUGAAACCACACGGCAAAACUGUGCAAAACCAUGGCAUUUUCUGACUGAA